ACCCCCCCCCCGUCAAGGCGCUAUGGCAGGAUGGCCUCCCCUCCGGACGAGUGAUGCGUUCUGAGCGCUGCCGCUCCCGUCGGGCCGCCCGCCGCUCAGCAGCAUGGAUAGACUGGUCGAUUACUUCGUGAUCGUCGGGUACGAUCGCGAGAAGAAAGGGACUGGAGAGGGCCAGGGGAAGAUCAUCCAGCGUUUUCCGGACCGAGAAUGGGAGGAUACACCGUUCCCACAGGGAAUUGAACUGUUCUGCCAGCCGAGCGGGUGGAAGCUGUCAAACGAGUGGAAGCAGCCCACGUUUUUUGUGGCGGUGCUCACGGACAUCGAGUCAGACCGACACUUCUGCGCCUGCCUCACCUUCUACGAGCCCGAAGAUGAGACGCAGCAGAAAGAGAGUCAGAGCGAUGGGGAAGGAGAGGAUGAGUCUCAUCACAUGCAGAGGUUUGCGCCAAAAAGCCUGGUCCUUGUCUCCCGACUCGAUUACACAGAGAUCUACCGGCAAAGUCUAGGUUUGAUUUAUGCGAUUCACGUGGAUGACCUCAAAGUUACCUUGGAGAACGUGGUGGGAAACCUGCUCACGUGCAUGAUAACUACGUCUGGAGGUGCUCAGCCAGAAGGAGAUAAUGUGGAAUAUGGGAAGGUGUUUUCGCUCGGUGCUGGGGACAGGCAGGUGAUUCAACCAGCCCUGAACAAUGAGAUUCCUGUCACCGCAUCCAGUGUCAUCUUGCUGUUCAGGCAACUUGGGAUCAACAACGUGCUGCACCUGUUUUGUGCUGUGCUCACGGAACACAAGAUUCUAUUUCACUCCAGCAGUUACCAGCGACUGACCGAGGCAUGCCGUGCACUCGUGGCCCUCACCUUCCCACUCAAAUACAGCUACACGUACAUCCCGAUCCUGCCAGGAAGCCUUCUGGAGGUCCUGAGCACCCCAACUCCCUUCAUUAUUGGCGUGCACUCCACCUUCCGCAGCGAGUUCCAGGAGCUGUUGGACGUCAUUAUUGCCGACCUUGAUGGUGGGACGGUCAUGAUCCCCGAGUGUGUGCAAGUCUCGGCCCUGCCUGAACCGUAUCUGCAGCACAUCCAGACUUCCCUCUCAAUGGUUCUUUACCCAGACUUGGAGGUGGCAGAUAUGGCUUUUUCUCCAACUUCCCCAAGCGUCAUCAAGCCUGAAAUGCAGGACAAGGAGGUGCGUGCUGCGAUGCUGCGGCUGUUUGCCCAGCUCCUUCAAGGCUACCGCUCGUGUCUGCAGCUGAUCCGGAUCCACUCCGAGCCCGUGAUUCGGUUCCACAAGGCUGCUUUUCUCGGACAGCGAGGCCUCGUGGAAAACGACUUCAUUCCCAAACUCCUGGACAGCAUGGCAUUUGCAGGCUUCGUCUCCGAGAGAGGGCCUCCCUACCGCACAUGUGACCUCUUUGAUGAGCUGGCAGCCUCAAGUGUGGAGUGGGUGAAGAGUGAAGAAGGAAAUCAAGAGCUGGUCCACAAAAACAUCCGCCACCUUGCCAAGAAGCUAUAUGACAACGAGAACCCCAGCGCACUGACCCCCGUGCAGCGCGUGUACCGGCCGUCGGACAACGCUCUGUCCAUGCCGCAGCAAAGGCCCUACCCGCUCAUAGCUGAGCACGUGGUGGAGAAACUGAUGGAGGAAGGGCUGGCUCGGCUGGCUGGAACACAGAUUGUCGUGCGGCCAGAGAAACUGUGCAACGUCCCAGCCGGAGACGCCAUCGUGUCCAUGGACUAUGGGCCUGCUACCCACGCAUUGGCCAACAGUGCUCGGCGCCUGGAGGUGGUUAGAAACUGCGUCACUUUCAUCUUUGAAAACAAACUCCUCGACGCAAAAAAGACACUGCCAGCUGUGCUGCGUGCGCUCAAGGGGCGUGCAGCCCGCCACUGCCUCAUGCAAGAGCUCGGCAUGUAUGCUCAGCAAAAUCGAGCUGUGCUGGACCACCAGCAGUUCGAGUACGUCAUCCGCAUGAUGAACUCAGCUCUGCAGGACUGCUCAACAUUGGAUGAACACAGCGUUGCUUCGGCACUGUUACCUCUUGUGACCACCUUCUGUCGGAAACUCUGUCAAGGCGUUACACAGUUUGCGUACACGUGCGUUCAGGAGCAUCCCGUUUGGACCAGCCAACAGUUCUGGGAGGCCACCUUUUACGACGAUGUGCAGAAGCACAUCCAGUCUCUGUAUCUCUCCAUGAAUGACGGCAGUCCUGUGCACCGGCAGACAUCAGGGGUUCCUGACAAAACCCCGAUGGAGAUAGCGGCAGAGCAGUUGCGGCUGUGGCCAACGCUCGAGGAGGAGAAGCGGCAAGACCUGAUAUCCAGCGAAGAGGGAAUCGUGUACAGCCAGGCCAUCCACUACGCCAACCGAAUGGUCUACCUAUUGGUGCCUCUUGACUCCAGCAAAAACCGUCUACUUCUCAAGCCAGGCCUGGGCGAUGGGGAGAGCGUCUCCAAUAGUUUCCUGACCAAUAGUAUUGCCGGCAGCGUGGCGGAGAGUUACGACACGGAGAGUGGCUUCGAAGACUCUGAGGGCACCGACGUCGCCAAUUCGGUGGUGCGGUUCAUCACGCGCUUCGUGGACAAAGUGUGCACAGAGAGCAAGGUCACCACGGAGCACAUACGGGCCCUCAACAGCAUGAUUCCUGGAACUGUUGCAAUUCAUAUUGAAACUCUGGAGUCGGUCCAUCGAGAGAGCAGGAGGCUGCCACCUAUUGAGAAGCCCAAAAUCACGAAGCCUGCCCUACUACACGGGGAGAACUUCAUCGUCGACGGGCUGCGAGUCUACCUUCUCAUGGACGGCCGGGAGGAGGUCUCUGGGGGCCCCAUGGGGGGCCCUCCCAUCCUGCCAGCGGAGGGUGCCAUAUUCCUCACCAAUUACCGCAUCAUUUUCAGGGGCAUGCCAGUAGACCCUCUCGUUGGAGAGCAGCCGGUGGUGCGCAGCUUCCCAGUGGCGGCGCUCACCAAGGAGAAGAAGAUCACCGUGACGUCCCAGAUCGAGCAGUACGUGCAGGAGGGCCUACAGCUGCGGUCCUGCACCUUCCAGCUGCUGAAGGUGGCCUUCGACGUGGAGGUGAGCUCGGAGACGGUGGAGGUGUUCCGGAAGCACAUCCACAAGCUCCGCUAUCCGCAGACUGUCUACCACACCUUCGCCUUCGCCACCUCGCAGCUGCAGCCCAUUCACAUCGAGGAGAAGCAGAAGGAGGCCAACACCUCCCUCCGGACUUUGGUUAAAAGUGCCAAGAAGGCAGGGAUGAAGACGAUUGGAAGGCAGUAUGUGUCUCGGAAGAAGUUCACCCCUCCGAAUUGGGCUGACCGGCAGUCUGUGUACGGCAGCGAAGAAGAGGAUGAGAUUUCCAUUUCAGACGAGGGAGACAAAACGUUAACAAACACCGCGACAACAUCAUCCACCAUGAAGUCCCCGGAGAAGUUGACCGUGGACCAUGCACUGGAGCGCGCCUGCUGCAAGGACUACCAGCGGCUGGGGCUCGGCACGCUGAGCAGCAGCCUAACGAGGUCCAAGUCUGAGAUCUACCGGAUCUCCACGGUCAACCGCAUGUACGGCACCUGCCGCAGCUACCCGGGGCUGCUGAUAGUGCCACAGAAUGUGCAGGACAGCACGCUGCAGAAGAUCUCACGCUGCUACCGUCAGAACCGCUUUCCCGUCAUCUGCUGGCGUCACUCGCAGACCAAGGCGGUGCUGCUGCGUUCGAGCGGCCCACAUGGCAAGGGGGUGGUUGGCCUCUUCAAGGGCCAGGGCCAGCAUGCCUCUGGUGCCUCCUCCUCGGAAUCGUCGAGCAGCGUGGAGCAGGAGAAAUACCUGCAGGCCAUCGUACACGCCAUGCCCCACCAGUCGGACCGCAACCGGCUCAGCAUGAACUCCUCCACCUACCUGGCACUCGAGUCCGAAUCUGCUUAUGACAAGCACAGACAGAACAGGCUGUCGACGCUAAUGAAACAGGCAACAGGGACCAAUAUGGAUCUUACGCUUUCUAGUAGUUUCACGCGAGGCGUGCUCGGCUACAGAGAUAAGCUGUUCACUGUGAGCACGCCCAAAGGGGCUGUGAAGGGGAGGCGCCUCCGUGAAGGCAAGUGGGCAACCCUGCGAGGCAGUGGAAGGUUCGGUGGACCUGUUGUCUCGGGGGACAUUGGGGCCCGGCUCGCAGGCAAAGAACCGCUGCAAUCUCCAAACCACAAUGGUGUUCCCACCGAGCGAGACUUUGCCCGCUGUCAGGCUGCCGUGCUCUACAUUCUAGCUGACAAGUCGCAAGGAAAGGGCAUUAAGUUGGAAGGGGUGCAUGGCUGCGAGGUAUUACUGGUGGAGUACCCCGAUGUCCGCGCAGUCAAGGCCAGCUUCAAGAAGCUUUUACGAGCUUGCGUGCCCAGUACUUCUCCUUCACAGGACAUGACCUUCUACAAAUCGUUAGAAGAAUCCGAAUGGCUGCAACAGAUCCAAAGGCUGCUGCAAUUGGCAGAGCUUGUAGUUGAGCUUUUAGACGGAGGCUCCUCUGUCAUGGUAAGCCUCGAGGAAGGAUGGGACAUCACUACCCAGCUGGUGUCGAUGGUGCAGCUGCUGUCGGAUCCGUUUUACCGCACCCUGGACGGUUUCCGGCUGCUGGUGGAAAAGGAGUGGAUCUCCUUUGGCCACCGCUUCAGUCAUCGCGGUAACCAGACGCUGGCGAGCCAGAGCAGUGGCCUCGCGCCGCUCUUCCUGCAGUUCCUUGACUGUGUGCACCAGGUACUCAACCAGUUUCCUACAGAGUUUGAGUUCAACCAAUACUACCUGAAGUUUUUGGCAUACCACUUUGUCUCCAACCGAUUCCGAACAUUCCUUCUCGACUCGGACUACGAGAGGAUAGAAAUGGGGAUGAUGUACGAGGAAAAAGGCGAGAAGCUGGGCUCCAAGCCAGCUCGUUCCCUCUGGGAUUACGUGGAGCGCAUCCACAAAACUAGCCCCGUCUUCUACAACUACAUGUACAUGCCCGCUGAUGGCGAAGAGGUGCUGCAACCAUUCAGCAUGCUAGCCUGCCUCCGAGUGUGGGACUACUACGUGGAGGAGAGCCUCGGCGAGGGGCCCUCCUUCGACUGGGAGCUGAUCAACGGGCGCUGCGACGUGGCCAGCGAGGUGGAGCAGCCGGACGGGACCGUGCCACAGAGCAAGCGCAAGACGGUGUGGCCUUGCUACAGCAACCUGGCCAAGUUGCAGCCGGACGCCAUCACGCAGCUGCUGCUGGAGAUAGAGCAUUUGGAAGCUGAACUCAAGCCAAGCAGUGAGCGCUGGAAGGACACUUGGGACAAAGUCAAAGUUGCGCCAAAGACCAAACCUCAGCUGAAGAGGCGCGUGCCGCUGCCGGCGGGGAUGGCCGGACGCCCUCGCUCGGCAGCCGGGUUCUCGCCGGCACGAGAUGGGCCGCCGUUUCUCGCCGAGUCUGAACGAGCGUCCGUCGUCGCUCCGGCCUCCAGCACGCUGGGUCGGCGUAACGUCCCGCAGAUGUCGUCGGCCUACUACAACAUGUUCCCUUCGAAUGACACGGAAAACAGGUCUUUUGAAGGCUUUCUCUUUAAACGAGGAGCCUUGCUUAAGGGAUGGAAACAGAGGUUAUUUGUUCUGGACAAAACCAAGCAUCAGCUGCGCUACUACGACUCUUAUGAGGACAUGACCUGCAAGGGCUUCAUCGACCUGGCGGAGGUGGAGAGUGUGGCAGUGGGGACGCCCAGUCUCGGAGCGCCCAAGACCGUGGAUGAGAAGGCCUUCUUUGACCUUAAAACCACAAAACGUGUUUACAACUUCUACGCACCUGAUGCACAGCUGGCACAGCAGUGGAUUGACAAGAUUCAGGGCUGCAUCUCUGAUGCGUAGAGCCCAGAUUUCUUCCUUUCCGCGACCCGCCCUCUGACCCCGACUGUGUGUAAACUGUAGGACCAUCUUGACGGAAUGAUGGCUGCAUUAACCAUGUGCACACGAAAUCACGCCAACACGAACCUUGCCUGCUUGCUUCUUGCAGAAUUAGAUUCAUCUUGGUUUUUUUUUGCCGUCAUCAAUUGCAAGAGAUGAGGCAGCGACGUUCAUGUUUGCAUGUUAACCUGUAAAUGUAGCCAACGAUCAACCGUCCAGCACUGGAGUCACCUGCACUGAGUACCACUCUGUCAUUAUACAGAGAGCAAGAGCAUAUUCGAGAAAUGCACACUUACGUUCAUGUCGCUUUAGUCACCUUUUGCAAAAAGGUGUGAUGAGUUUUAAACCCCAGCUGUUUUACCCAAAGUGUCCGUUUUCAUUUAGACACAGAUGGAUUUUUGGAAAUGUUCGUUGCAUUGUGUAAUGGAAAUGUGAUUUGCCUCAAAUCUGGCCAGUGUAGGCAAGAUCGUUACAAUCAGUAGGUGUCGGAUCAGAUAUGUAUUUUUUUAUUUGGAUUUUUACUCCACCUUUUUAAACUCUUUAUGAAUGUCACGGCUAAGCUGUCGUCUGUGAACAUAUUGUAUUAAGUGGAUGCUUACCAUGGUGCAGUUAUGUGCCAUCGAAAGCCACUGGUUUCGUGUGAUCGGCCUAUAAAACGGCUACAGGUGAAAAAUCCUGCACGUCUCUUGUUUACCUUUCCACCCCCAACAUCCAUUGGACAAAGAAACACAAUGUGAGCCAGUGUUCUCAAUGCGAGAACCUAUACGUAACAUUUGCGCAGCCCACCAAAGAGUCUGAUUUUACACCGUUGGCACACGUGCAAUGUUGACACACGUUAGAGGUCAAACUUACCACCCUGUCUUGUGAAAGAACUUGGGUCAGCAUGCUUUAUAUGGUGCACGGUAUCAAUUGGGAGAAGCAUUCUGCUCUGAUAGUCAGGAUUAUGUUUUGUUAUCCAUCCCACCCCCUGACAUUUGGAGUGAUAUUCACAGUAGGAUUAACCCGGUCGGGAUAGACUCUUGUAAUGCGAGUCACCUAUGGAAUUAAGUGCAACCCACCUGUAGUGAGUGCUUGUUACAGUCUAAGGCAGCAGUUAAAAAGAGUCCCCGGUAUACAGUCCAGCAAAGUUAUUAUUUGUGUUCUUCAUUCGCAUGUGAUUUGUGAUUAUACGUUCUGCACAACCGUCAGUUGGCUCCAAUGGAAAGCUUGACUGGGUGGGUGGGGUCUGGGUUGUUUCGGUGUUGUGAUGAACACCUCGUUGGUAGAGGUGACACUUGAGUGUUGUGGCCAUCGGCCACUUGGCCAACAUUCCUCCAUCUAACGGCUCAAAAGCACUGCUUUAUGUAAUGCGUUACGGAUGCUGCACUGUGGUCUUGGGGCCAAACCGGCCACUGGGUUGGAGUUUGGCCGUUAAAACUUGCGGUUGUGAAAUGAUUUGUGCGCACGAACGAAAACGGCGAGUGAUGUUGCUGUUGAAGGUCAGCCAUUAAAUGACCAAUCAAAAAUGCUCCCGUACAAAGGUGGUGGCACACUGGGUGGAUUCCAACGCUCGGGCACAAAUGGACUGCCAGCCCCAUCUCUGCCGCCCUGACCUCCGCCGCCUCCGCCUCUGCAGCCACUCGCGUUUGCACCCGAGUUUGGGAAAUUAAAGGGGCCUCCGUAAUCCAUUCCUGCACAUCGCACAGGGACCGAGGUGCGAGUUGAGCACAGAGGAACGUUUGCGUGUCCAUCCAUUGCCCAUCGUCAGGUGUGACUAAUGCGGUUGUCGAAACAUUGUUUUCAUACAGUUUUCACUUGCCUUGACUGGCCACAACUUGACGUGGGCGGUGAAUGGCACCGGGGUACACAGGACACCACCACCGGUAGAAUUGAACUCGCGCCUCAUACCUGGACCAAUAAGAUCGUGUCGAUGUCCUUGCGAAGCACGUGUUGGUGUGUGUCGACUACGAUGAUGAUGAUGUCCACGUGCAGACUGCCUCGUUUUAUGAACCUCGCCUAGCAUCCCGAACGUUACCGUGAUCAGCUGAAUUCUUACUACAUUUGCGCACCACCCCCGCCGCCAUCAUUUACGAAUGAAUGUUCUCAGUGUGUGGAAUAGCCAAAAGCAUAGCACCACUAGAGAGGGUCAGUAUUUACUUAUUAGCAGUUACACGUUUUGUACAGAAAUAAUGUGCAUGUAUAAAAGUGUACUUUUUUUGUUUUGUAUAUUUAUGACUUAUUUUACAAUGUUGAUAAUUUUAUUAAUGUUGCCUUGGUCUUCCUUUGAUAACGUUAUUAGUGUCAUAACUCGUGGUUGGGAGUGGAGUUCUAUAUAGAGCCAUCUAUAUUUGCUGCUUUAUAACCAUUGCAGCAGUCACAGAUUUUCAGACUUUACAGUAAUUGUAUGCGGGGUGUAAGCUUCUGUGUAGAAAGUCUUGUGUUUAUAACUGGUCGUAUGCUACCUGAGUUGUUUAAUUUUCAUGUAAUUAAAGUGUACAUAGUUGUGAUAGAGGUCUUUAUGUUUCCCUUUGUUACUAAAAGUACAGUAUAUAUGGUGCAGUUAAGUGGGGUUUUUUAAGCUAAUGUUAUGUGUUCAUAAAGAACAAAUAAAAUAUAAAAAUGGCCA